GUCCAUUCCGGACAGGAAGCUGUGGUGUUUACAUUUUCCAAGAUGGCGGCGGGGAUGUAUUUGGAGCAUUACUUGGACAGUAUUGAAAACCUGCCUUUCGAGCUGCAGAGAAACUUCAAUCUGAUGAGAGACUUAGAUCAACGCACAGAGGAUCUAAAAGGACAGAUAGACUCUCUGGCGAAAGAAUACACAGCCAAUGCUCGGACUCUUUCCUCUGAACAAAAGCUGUCGAUACUGAGGCAGAUUCAGCAGUCUUACAGCAAAUGCAAAGAGUUUGGAGAUGAUAAGGUUCAACUGGCCAUGCAGACCUAUGAAAUGGUUGACAAGCACAUUAGACGUCUUGACACAGACCUUGCACGUUUUGAGGCCGACUUGAAGGAAAAGCAGAUUGAGAGCACAGACUAUGAUUCCACCUCCAGUAAGGGAAAAAAAGGAGAUUCCAGACAGAAGGAAAAGAAGUCAGCUAAAACAAGGUCUAAAGUGAAGAGUUCAGAUGAAGAUGGUAGUCCCAAAAGUGCACAGAAGAAAGUAAAACUUCUUCAGCCAGGAGAAUUCAACAACCCUUCCGCUAACUUUGGGAAUGUGCAUCCAUCUGAUGUGCUGGACAUGCCAGUGGACCCCAACGAACCUACAUACUGUCUGUGUCAUCAAGUGUCCUACGGCGAGAUGAUCGGCUGUGACAACACGGAUUGCUCCAUUGAGUGGUUCCAUUUUGCGUGCGUGGGCCUGACGACAAAACCAAGAGGAAAAUGGUAUUGUCCAAGAUGCUCCCAAGACAGAAAGAGAAAAUAAAAAGCCUUGGUUCCCUGGUGCUGACCAAAUGUGGACAUAGAACAGUUGGAAAAUGAGAAGAAUAUUUCUUUUUAAGUUACUCAAACAUUUGGUUUCUCAUUUCUUAACGUUUGGUGCUUUUUCUUUUGGUUUAUAAUAUGUAAUUUGCCUUGGUCUGAUGCAGAGUGUGAGGGAGCCAAGUGGUUACAGUUAUAUUUAAAUAUUGAUAAACUUUUUGUGUUAACAAUUUUUUUUCUUUGUUUUGUUUGUUUUGGUGCUCUUAUGGUUUGUGUGUGUGUGAUUUGAUUUUUUUUUUAUUUUUUAAACACAGAUAAAUAGUGAACACUACAACUGACCCUAAUGGUUUAACAGUUUACAUUUCCAUGAUACUCUAUACUGUAUCUACAUAUAUGACCACAAACUUUAAGCAUUUUCUCUAAAGGCAGAUUUGCCAUGGGUAUGUUUUUGCUUUGUUGUAUGGUUAGUUUCUUGUGCUUAGCCUUGGAACAGUUUUAUUUUUUUAGUGUAAUGAAGGCAAAAGAAUAUGACAACUAAUGCUGCAUCGUGACAGUGUUAGUCAUCUGUGGUAGUAAGUUAAACCAUUUCAUUUUAACAUUUGAUUGAGUGCUGUAUAGAAAGUAAAACAUUUUGUGAAAAGUAUUUCUGUAGCUGAAACAUUGGUACAGGACAGAGGGGUUGAUUUUGUUGUCAAUCAUUUGAAUACAGCUACUACCUCAAAAA